CAUUACAUGACCGUCUGCUGAUAUUGGGUGAUUUCAAUAUCCAUGUCUGUUGUCCAGGCAGACCCAUGGUCAGCGAAUUCUGCCACGUCCUGGAUUCCUUCAGUCUUCUCCAGCACAUAGACAAGGCUACUCAUGUACUCGGACAUACUCUUGAUCUUAUUCUCUCCUAUGGGAUUUUUAUUGACAAAUUAAACAUCGAGGACGCAUCGUUCUCUGAUCACAUGCCUAUUGUGUUUGAUGUCACUCUAUCUAACCCCAUGUGUACAGUUAGAACCCCAGGCCGUUUUUCCCGUUAUAUUAACUCCCACACUGUAAUCCAGUUCUCUGAAAUGUUAAAAAAAACUGCAUUCUCAACUGCUGAUAGGCUUCCCUCCAACCCAGAUGAAUUGAUUUCCCUCUUUCAUUCCUCUUGCUCAGACAUCUUAAACUCUGUAGCCCCCCUUAAAUACAGGCGGCCCAAACUGACAUCCCAACAGUGGUUGGAUGAACCCACCCGCUCUUUUAGACAGGCCUGUCGACAAGCUGAACGAAGGUGGAAGAAAGACCAUCUUACUGUUUCUUUUGACAUUUUUAAAAAUGCAUUGGUGACUUAUCAGGCAGCAGCCAAAAAAGCCAGAGCCAAACAUUUCUCUGAUAUUAUAAAUAAACAUUCCCAUAGACCCCAAAUUCUGUUUGGUACCAUAAACUCCAUUAUCAACCCCCAUGUAUCCCCAGAUGCUGACGCAUCCACUGACAUCUGUGAAAAAUUCUUAACAUUUUUCACUGAGAAAAUUGAAAACAUCAGAUCCCAGUUUAACCCCUCCCCAUCUGACAUUACGCCUGGCUGUUCAGGUGCUACAGUCAUUUUUAACACAUUCAAACAAGUUUCUUUAGAGGAGCUUAGGGAGAUAGUCUCACAUAUGAAACCCACAUCUUCCCCUCAUGAUGUUGUCCCCUCCCAUAUCAUUAAGGACACUUUUGAUACAGUUGGCCCAAGUAUUCAAAACAUCAUUAACUCCUGCCUAGCUUCUGGCACAGUCCCUUCAUGUUUUAAGCAUGCAGUCGUCCAGCCUCUGCUUAAAAAACACAACCUGGAUGCUAAGUGUAACUGCAACCUUUUUUAGAUUUAAAUGAAAUAUUAGAACCUCUUCAGCCAGGCUUUAAAACUCUCCAUAGCACUGAAACAGCUUUGUUAAAGGUGACAAAUGAUCUGUUACUCACAUUAGAUUCUGGUGAAAAUGCUAUCCUGGUUUUAUUAGACCUUAGUGCUGCCUUUGAUACUGUGGAUCAUAACACUCUUCUGACCCGCCUUGAACAGUGGGUUGGCAUUAAAGGCACAGCCCUCGAAUGGUUCAGCUCCUAUCUGAAACAUAGGACUUUCUCAGUAUCCAUCAGUCAGUUAUUUUCAUCCACUGCUCCUGUCUCCUAUGGGGUCCCACAAGGGUCCAUCCUUGGACCAGUCCUCUUCGGCCUGUACAUGCUCCCGCUAGGGAACAUUAUCAGGAAACAUAACAUCUCAUUCCACCUCUACGCAGACGACUCUCAGCUGUAUCUUCCACUGAAGUCUAAGGACUCUUUACAACCUCUCCUGGACUGUCUGGAGGAUAUUAAAGGCUGGAUGGCAACUAACUUCCUUCAGUUAAACAGCAAUAAGACAGAAGUCAUGAUCUUUGGC